AUGGGUGAUGUUCAUCGAUUAUUAGAGGAUUAUGAAAUGGCACUUUCAUAUCAUCAAAAAGCAUUGAAUAUUCAAGAAAGUGUGCCAUGUAGUCCUUUAGAAUGUGCAACAAUAUAUGCGAAUAUAGGUGAGACUUAUCGAGAAAUGAAAGAUUAUGCAACAGCAUUGGCAUUUUUUCAAAAAGCAUUAGAAAUACACGAAAGGAAUCUACCAAAUGAUCAUCCCGACUUAGCUGUUAUCAAUCAUAGUUUGGCAAAAUUAUAUUUGGCUACUAGAGAACAUAGUAUGGCGACGGAAAAUGUUCAAAAAGCGAUAGAAAUUGCUCAAGCAAAAUUAUCUUCGGAUCAUCCUCACCUUUUGGACUUUAAAGAAACAUUUGAAAAAAUUCGAGUAACACUUUAA